AGGCUGUCGAUGAUUGUGACGUUUGAUGCGGCGGAUAGACGCUCCGCGCUUCGUAAGUGGACCGAUCGCACGCUAUCCGAUACUGCGGGAUCCAUCGUACGACGAGUAGCUGCUCCACACCUCGAACAGAGGCACAAAACUGCAGCUACCUGCCUCAAACAGGAGGUGCAACGCCGCAGCAACGCAAAAGCCAUUACAAAAUGGGCAAAGGGGGCCAACAACCACCCCGCAUCCAUGGCGCAACGUCAAAGGACGAGCAGCGCGCCGCAAUACAAGCCUUCGCCGCCAUGGACGUGGACGGCGACGGCGAGCUGACCGCCGAGGAAAUCUAUAAAGCUCUAUCGAAGCACGACGCAGCCAUCACCAUGGCUAGAGUAAGAGAACUGGUGGCCAGGGCCGACGUCGACAAAAACGGCACCGUGUCGCGCGACGAGUACCUGAACGCCGUCGCCUCGGGCGAGAACUGGACCAAAUCCCUCAGAGAUUUUAUCGGCCACGACGCCGAGCACCAGGCCGCGCAUCGCGUCGCGGAGAAGGCCGGCUUCGCCAUCACGGAGCAGGGUUUGCACGUCGGCGAGGCCUUGGCCACGCGCUUUACUGAAGACGUCGCCGCCGCCGCGCCUCGAAAGGCGGGGUUCUUCCGCCGCGGCGCGCCGCCGCCGCCGCCGCCGCCAUCCAAGCUGGCGCGCUUUGUAAAGCGCAUGCCUGUGGUCUUCUGGGCGCUGCGUGUCGUCGUGCCGGCGUUUGGGGUGUGGUUGCUCGCGCACCUGGCGCACCACGAUUUGGAUAGAGCUAAACGGGAAUGGCGGACUAAAAGAUUACGGUCGACGACGCUGCUCUUCUGCGUCGCGGCGCUCUGCGACGCCUGCGACUGCCUCGUGCACGCGUUCGUGGCCGUCGCCCACGCGUCGGACGCGUUCGACCACCACGCGGUCCACGUCGCCGAGGAGCGGGGAAUUAGGCUGGCGCUUUUGGGCUUCGCGUGCGCGGUCGUCGGGGAGAUCGCGUCGAACAACCGCGUCGGGCGCGCGCUCUCUGCGUUGACGCACCACCGGAAGCAGGACUAGGAAUAAAUAAAUUACAAAUCGACUCGGACGGAGGAGGACACGACACUUCGAGCUAGACGACCUUGACGCCCCGCGCCGCGGCGAACUUCACAAGCGAGGCCUUGUGGUGGCCCUGGCAGAUGAUCACGUGGUGCGGCAUACCGUACUGGAUGACCCAGUCCUCGAAGCACGCGAAGAGGUCUCGGCCGCCGCGGUCCGAGAGAUCCAGCUGCACAAGACCAUUAUUUCCUGACAGCGGACGUUUCGCGGGCUUGGACCGGCCGUUGCAGAUCAUGGCGUGAUACGCGCCGUCGCAGACCCAAAACCGGCAGACUGUUACAUCCAUAC